AUGGCGGCCCUCAAGGAGCAACUCAAGACGCUAGUGAAGAAUUAUACAGCCUGCGAUGUAUCGGAUGCCCUGCUCAAGCUCCAGAAGGUCCCAGAAGGCGUAGCGCCACGAGCCGGCUUCUUGGCGGAUCUCACCCCCUUCUCCCCGAUACUGGGAAGAAAUGACACCGCACCGAAGAUAGCCGCUCCAGCAACGACUUUCAAGUUCCUCUCGAAGAGUGCCAAUUCCCCUGCAAUCGCAACUGAGAACCCCGAAAAGCAUGGCUUCCCGCCGGGAAAGCAUUGGGUCGACUACGCCGGCAACUUUGCCGCGGCGGACCCGUCCCAGACCGGCUCGAUUAUCGUCAUCGAACAACCCGAGGAUCAGUACUGCGCGGUGACGGGCGGCAUCAUGGCCACUCGAAUGAAGGCCCUCGGAAUCAAGGCUGCGGUGGUCGGCGGGCGCGUACGGGAUCUGCGCGAACUGCAGGCAACAGAGCUUCCGAUCUGGGCGCGCGGGACGUCAACUGUCGGCACAGGAGCCGAAGCAAAGGCCGUGGUCCGGGAUGUGCCCAUCUCACUGGAAGGGGUGACUGUUUCGCCGGGAGAUAUAAUUUUCUGUGAUCCGAUGGAGGGAGUGGUUGCUAUUCCACGCGACCUGCUCGACCCAGUCUUAGAGCUCAUGCCCAAGUUGAUCAACAUGGAUGACCAAGCGAAGGAGGCCGUCACCCAGGGCAUGACCGUCACGGAAGCCUUCAAGAAGUUCCGAACAUAG